AUGGCUGGAAAAAAGAAGGGCCGUAAAGAGAAGAAUAAAGAAUUAGAGGAAGACGAACAAUCAAUGAAUUUUCGAGCUGAAAUAUCGAAACUGAAAAGGAAGAAAGCUGUGGAAAAAUCAUCGUUCACUCGCAUCAAGCAUCAACUAAUCGAGUCCAUUGCCGAAGAUGAGUUAUCUAGUCAAAAUGAAGUACGAAGCCUGAGAGCAAAGUUGUCUGAUCAACAAGAACAGGUAAUCAACGUGCUUGUUGAACUAUCACAUCAAUACGAAAAAUUUAAUGAUAAUGAGAAUGUAGAACUCAUCAACAACGAGAUUGAAGAGAUUAAUAACGAAUUUGAAAAAAUCAUGAAAGAUGCAAAUGGGUAUCUCGCAAGUCACAAAGGAGAUGGAUCCAGCAUUGGGACAAGAGUGUCAAGUAAGAUGAGUCAGCUCUACGUCAGUGAAGCUAGAGCCCGUGAACAAGAAAAACGUGUCAGAGAAGAGCUCCAGGCUAAGGAACAUAUACUGCGACAAAAGCAACAACAAUUGGAAGAAAAUUACAGAGCUGAAAAGACCAGGCUAGAACAAGAACUGGCAGCCCAAAAAAGAAAGCUACAAGAAGCUUCAAAAAAGACAAAGCAAUGUCAUCAGCAGCUUGAAACAGAGAUCGAAACGGAACUUGGUAUGGGCCAUGGAGAAGCUGAUAAUGAAACGGCAAGUUUUAUGAUAGAAAGACCUUGUGUAAAUGCAUAUAAUCGUAAUGUAUACGAACAAGAGGCUCAAAGUGCAAGGCAUAUUAACAGUAAAGCUGCAGAUAUUGGACAAGAUCUGUGGAAACAGCUAAAACGAGUGUCAAUUCCAGUGUUUUAUGGUGACAAAAAGACGUAUGAGAUGUGGAAGGCAGCAUUUACAGCCUGUAUAGAUCAAGCACCUGCUACUGCUGAAUACAAGCUACUACAACUGCGUCAAUAUCUUUCUGGCGAAGCGCUUAGUGCAAUUGAUGGUCUGGGUCAUUCAGCAUUCGCCUAUGAAGCAGCAAAAGAAAGACUUGAAAGAAAAUAUGGUGGGACAAGACGGAAAGUGAUGAUCUACCUGGACGAACUGGACAACUUCAAACCUAUCAGAGAAGAUCAUCCGAGAGAUAUAGAAAGGUUCGCAGACUUAUUGGAUGUAGCAGUUACUAACCUUCGUGAAGCAAAACGAACAGAAGAACUUGGUAGUGGAACUUUGUACCACAAGUUGUUGAGAAAAAUGACUGAGAAAAUGCUGUCAAGAUUUAAGCGCUGGGUUUACGAGCAUCAAAAGAAUGAAGAUGUUGAAACGCUGCGACAGUUUAUUAUUGAGGAAGCAGAAUUUCAAGUAGCAGCCGCAGAAACAAUUCACGGCUUUCAUAAGAACAUGGUUACAAGACCCAAAAACUCUAGCAGUUCAUUCUUUGGAGCAGAUGACCGAUCAAAGAAGUUGAAAUUCUUGAGGAAAUGCUACGUUUGUCAAAAUGAUCAUAUGAUAUGGGACUGCAGUGCCUUCAAAAGCAAAAAAGUGAACCAGCGAUGGGAAAUUGCAAAGAAGCAGAAGCUUUGUUUUAAGUGUUUGAGAAGCAACCACCUGGCAAGAGCAUGCAGAAAUAGUCGAAUUUGUGGUAUCGACGGGUGCACUGAUACACAUAAUCGUCUCCUUCACAAGAACAAAGAGGAUGUGGUUGACAAAGUAAAGACAAGAGAAACUGAGAAAGGGCAUGAGGGGGAGUCAGUUGAAAGUUCCCAUACUUCAACAUUGUCUAAAGAAAAACAAGAUGAAGUAAAGUUUGUGUCACUAAGAACUGUUCCAGUUGUUUUAAAGAAUGGCAAUAAGAAGAUUGUGGUUAACGCUCUGUUAGAUGAUGGAAGCACGAAAACCUAUCUAAAUAGCGAUGUGGCAACAGAACUGGACUUGAAAGGUGAACGGCAAAAUGUAACAGUCAGUAUGCUUAAUGGUGUAGCUGAUUCUCUUGAGACAAUGCCAGUUGAAUUUCAACUUGAGUCCUUGGAUGGAAAGCUGAAAACGCAGAUCCAGGCAUUAACAGUCAACCGAGUUACAGGCAAUCUGAGAGCUGUCAAUUGGGUAAAAAUGGCAAACAACUGGAAGCAUUUAAAAGAUAUCAAAUUUCCCAGUGUUGGACCAAAGCCAACGAUUGACAUCUUAAUUGGUGUGGACCAUGCUGAUCUUCACUGUGCACAGAGAGAGGUAAAGGGGAAAGCAAAUGAACCAGUGGCCCGGCUGACACCACUUGGGUGGACUUGUGUAGGUGAUUGCAAUGGGCAAGUUAUUUCAACCAACUUUGUGAUGUCACCAAAAGACGACAGAGAAUUGAUAAAGAUAAACAGUACGAUUAGAAAGUUAUGGGAGAUUGAAGGGGAUGAAAGUAUAAAAGACAAGACAUUGAUGUGCCCUGAAGACAUUGAAGCACUGGAAAUGGUGAAGAACUCAUUGGAAUACCAUGAUGGAAGGUAUGAAAUUAGAAUACCAUGGAAAAAGGAAAGAAAACUUGAUGACAAUUACGAAAUGGCUUUGAACCGAUUAGCAAACACGGAGAAGAGACUUUUGAAAGACAAACAGCUGGGUAAUAGCUAUAAUGAGAUUAUACAGCAAUAUCUACGAAAGGGAUAUCUUGAAAAAGUCGACAAAGAACCUGGAAAAGAUUGCUGGUACUUGCCACACUUUCCUGUUCUACGUCCCGAUAAAGCAACUACCAAGGUGCGCAUUGUCUUCGAUGGGUCAGCAAAAUACAAUGGCAUGUCUGUCAAUGAUGUAAUUCACCAAGGACCGAAACUUCAACAAGAUUUGGUGAAAGUACUCUUGCGAUUCCGGAAGCAUCCAGUUGCCUUGGUUUGCGACAUAGCCGAAAUGUAUUUACAAAUUGGAAUACAUCCAGAUGACCGGCAGUAUCAAAGAAUUUUGUGGAGGAACAUGGAUCAAACUGCUGAGCCCGACGUGUUACAAUUCAACAGAAUGGUAUUUGGAAUAAAUUCGUCACCCUUUGGAGCUCAAUUUGUAUCACAAGAACAUGCAAGAAGAAGUGCAGAAGAAUUGCCAAUGGCUGCAAGCUCAGUGUUAGAUUCAACUUAUAUGGAUGACACAAUGGAUUCAGUGACUGAUGACGAAGCAGGUAUCAAACUAUACACGGAACUGUCAGAACUUUGGCACUCAGCCGGUAUGUAUGCAAGAAAGUGGCUAUCGAAUUCAACAGCAGUAUUGAAGGUCAUCCCAGAGACAGAUCGUGCAGAAAAUAUCGACUUGGAUGCUGGAGAAUUACCGUCAGUGAAAACACUUGGGAUCGUGUGGAAUGCUCAACGAGAUGUGUUCACGUACAAGUCUGUCAAACAAGCUGAAGGUACGACAUAUACAAAACGUUUUUUAUUAAAGGAAAUGGCAACGCUCUUUGAUCCAUUGGGAUUCAUUUCGCCAUAUGUCAUCCGUAUCAAAGUCAUCAUGCAAGAAUUAUGGUUACAUGGACUGAAUUGGGAUGAUGAACUUCCUGGUAAUGUGGUAACGAAAAUAAAAGCAUGGUUUCAUGAGUUGGAGAAAUUGCCAUUGAUUCAAAUUCCAAGAUGCUUAAGGACGACGUCAUUAGUAACAAGUCAGUUCAUUCAUGUGUUUACGGAUGCAUCUAGUGAAGCAUAUGGUGCAGUUGCCUAUCUACAGUCUGUUUACGAGUCAGGGGAAUAUUCUUCUCGUCUUAUCAUGUCCAAGGCAAGAGUUGCUCCUUUAAAAUCGAUAAGCAUCCCAAGACUGGAACUGCUAGGAGCUGUUCUCGGAUUAAAGUUGGCAGACAAAAUAGCUGACGCUUUGAAAAUGGAGUUACAAGACGUGAGAUUCUGGAGUGACAGUAUGAAUGUGUUGUGGUGGAUAAGAAAUCAAAGUCGAAACUUGAAGCCGUUUAUUGCAAAUCGGGUUGGAUUGAUUCAAUCAAGAACUGAAAACAGUCAAUGGAGAUACAUUCCAACGAAGAAAAAUCCUGCUGACUUACUGAGUAGGGGACUAUCCGUGACAGCUUUGGUGCAGAAUGAAAGUUGGUGGAAUGGCCCCAGUUUCCUGUACAAUCCUGAAGAAUCUUGGCCAGAUAAUCAAUUUCAAGUAACAGACGAAGCAAUAUCGGAAAUGAAGAAGACAGCUGUUGAUACAACAGCCUUAUUUGUAACAGAGAAGUCUGACGAAAUAUUAGAUCCAAAACGAUACUCAAAAUGGAAUAGAUUGAUAAAAGUAAAUGCAUGG